AUGGACCAUGCACACGCUGCGGUAUCAAAACCCAGCAGGAUCUCGCAUGGAAAGCAGGCUGCAUGUCUCAACUGCAGAAGAAGCAAGAUCCGAUGUAGCCGGGAUCAGAAUGAAAUGCCGUGCGAGCGAUGCAAGCAAUCUAAUUUGGAAUGCAUAGUCCCUAGUCACCAUGUGGGGAGGCAGAAAGGUGUCAAGAAUAAACGCACAGGUCUGGAAAAGGCGCUAUACCAAAUAGAACAGGCCAUCAAGCGUCCCAGAGGUGAAGACGCGGUUGCGUCUGAUGCUGCUCAUAAGGUCAUCUCAAACCUCCAAGAUCUCCUAGGCAAGGCACAAGACCAGCAGCAAGCUUCGUAUAGCGAAACCGAUGACUUCUCAGAGAAUCCGGAUCAAACUCACAGUCUUCCAUCUCCUCGCGAGCAGGAAGAUAGCCUGACUUUGGAUGACGCGGAGAAUCCCCUGCAGUUGCUCGCGAGAGCCUCUGAUCUUCAACUAUCACCAGCUGAGACGCAGAAAGCUCAUGUACCUUUAUGGCAGCAACCAGCAAUAUCCCAGACUCAAGACCACAACCCAGGCACCAAUUCAUUUUUCGUUCCUGUGCGAGCCAGUCGGGAUGUCGGACCGGAAUUGGAUCCCAUGGAUCUGGGGCUUGUUACAGUAGAAGAAGCGGAAUCGCUUUUUUCUUUCUUUUACCAGAACCUAGCGCAUACUCGAUGGGGCCUUGAUCCUCUAAUUCAUACAGUGUCAUUUGUACGCGCACAGUCUGCGUUCCUUUUCACAUCGAUCCUCGCUGCAACUACUCUCUUCUUGUCAUCUGCUGCAGCUCUAUCGAAAAGACUGUUCAGGCAUUGCAGAUCUUUGGCAAAUACGGUUGUCGUACAGCGUCAUAGGUCAGUCGAAAUAGUUCUCGCGUUUAUGGUCAACGUUCCAUGGAUGGCCCCGGGAAAAUGUUUAGGGGACGAUGAUGCUUGCGCCUACAUUGCGAUGGCUCUGACCGUGGCGCUGGAUUUGUCUCUCAACAAGAUUGUUGUCCCUUCAUCGAGCUUCGACAGCAGUCUUUUGAAAAGACUGGCCAAGGCUGAUUGCAUUGAUGCGAAAAGGGCACUGCAUAUGGAUGGUUUCGAUAAUGUGGAUGCCGGAUCUGAAUGGGGCCGACGAUUACUGCGACGACGAGAGAGGGCUUGGAUAGCACUGUUCGUUUUAGAACGAGGAGUAUGCCUGGCCCGUGGACGGAGCUAUACUGUUCCUCCAACCACUCUUGUUGAGAAUUGUGACCACUGGCACAUUUCAGACAUUGCGGACUCGCGAGACGGUCCCAUGAAUUCCAUGACCGUCUUACGAAGGAACCUGGAUGAACUAUUUAGAAAGGUCAAAUCCAGCUGUGACAACUACCAAGUUGUCGAUACGGGACCCGAGGCAGCUCAAUCGAUCAAGACGAUGAUCGAAAGUUUCUAUGACCGUUGGUAUGCAACAUGGGCGCCGGCAAUUGGAGAAGGUCAAUCACUGUCACUUCCACCAUAUGUUGACAUCUUGGUCACUCAUACUCUGUUAUCAACCUACGCUGGUGUUAUAAAUCAUCCCACGGCGCCUAUCGAAGUCAAGCGAUUUUUCCGCGCUGCUGCCCUUUCCUCUGCGCUGAAUGUCCUACGGGCUGCUAUUCAAGGCGAGGCGCGUCUCAAGUCGAUGCCGAACAAUACCGUCAUUAUGAUCUCCUUUGCUGCUUGUUCAGCACUUAGCCUUAGCGUUACGCCAGGUGACAGCAGGUCCAGCUUGGCCCCAAGCGUGCGAAAUCUCAUUGAGGAGACUGCAGGUGUGCUAGAGCGUAUUGGAGCUACCCCUAGCCAUCGUCAUGGAGCUUCUGUCCUAUAUGGGAGAUUCCUACGGGAGCUAAUCCGGCGUGUGCCUGUGGGAUCGAGUUCUCAUAACCAAUUCGAUCAACGGAGAGCAAUGGGAUCCACGGAGGCGCUGCAGCCCAUGCCGUCCUUGGAUGGAUAUGAUCCCAUAGUCACAACUGCUAAACCAUCAGCCUCGCCGUCUCUACUCUGGAUGGAACCUCUGCAGUUCUCUGCGAUGUCUGACGACCAAAUUAUUGACGCUGUGAACCGAGCUGGUACAGCAUUUGGCACCACCGUCCCUGGUGUCCCAUUUGACGACAUGCUGCGAUGGGACUGGUUGGAUUUGGCCAACAAUGGCUCGGAUUUCAAUCUGUAA